AUUUGUAACCAUGGUUAGUAAUGAUCCAUUCCAAAUUCCAAUUCCAAAAUCAAUGAACUGAUGAACCCAGUAACUACUCCACUCUACACAAGGAUCUCACACAUUUUCACCGGAGCUCGACCUUCCCCUAAAACCUUCCGCAAUUUACGCCGACCGCGAGAUUUAUCGAAGCCCUUUUCUGUCAAUCAACCGCUGCCGACGCCCUUUACCGUCAUCUCGAGCCCGAGGUGUUGCGGUGGUGGUGGGACGACGAUUGCCGCCAGAUUUUCUACGAUGUCGAGCGGCGGAGGGGACGGCCAAGGUACGGUGGAGCUGCGGAUGUCUCCGUCGAGCGUUCUCAAGAUUCAGAAAGGCGACAUCACUCGGUGGUCCGUCGACGGUUCCUCCGACGCUAUUGUUAAUCCAGCCAAUGAAGUGAUGCUUGGAGGUGGUGGUGCUGAUGGAGCCAUACAUCGAGCUGCGGGUCCUGAACUACGGGCAGCAUGUUAUAAGGUCCCAGAAGUAAAGCCUGGAGUUCGAUGUCCAACAGGAGAAGCUAGGAUUACCCCAGGCUUCAAGUUGCCAGCUUCUUAUGUGAUUCAUACAGUUGGCCCGAUAUACAAUGUGGAUGGGAACCCUGAAGCCUCUUUGAGAAAUGCUUACAGAAACAGUUUACGCGUGGCAAAAGAACACAACAUUCAGUACAUUGCAUUUACUACUAUCUCAUGUGGGGUGUAUGGUUAUCCUUAUGAUGAAGCUGCAACUGUGGCCUUAUCUACAGUCAAGGAAUUUGCAGGGGACUUCAAAGAGGUGCAUUUUGUUCUGUUCUUGGAUGAGAUUUACGAUGUUUGGGUGAGAAAGGCCCGUGCAUUGCUUCAAGAAUGACCAGUCUGAAUGGUCAAUAUGUAAACACUGUCGGAUACUUAUUUGAACAUGUUUGUUAUUUCUGAUUCUAUCAUGUUGGGCUGCAAUUUUAAACUCUUUUUUCCCCAUGGGAUGAAUAUGGAUAUUAUAAGAUGCUUCAUCUGUUUUAUUCUGUGGAAGUGUUUGUUUCUUCAGUUUGAAAAUGCAGCUCUUGGUUUCUCCUUUUAGAACAUCUUUAUUCAC